AUGGCGCUCAACAACGACGACCGACAGCAAUCUUCCACAUCGCCAGCAGCGGUCGAUAGCGCCCCCUCUUCUGACACCCUCUAUGCCUCCGCCCCAGCUACAUCCACCCCUUCCUCUUCUUCCAACCCCUUCUCCCCAGACUAUGAGCUCACUGCAGCUGAUUUAGCUCUAGUCAGGCCGGAAGCACUUCCGACAGGAAACCCUUUUGAACCAGACUUUCCGCUGUCAUCUUCUAGAUUUGCAUCGGGAGAGGGACCGGGAGGAUUGGGAGGCGGAGGCGUCCUCCCGUCGUCUAGUCAAUGGUACACUCUCACCACCCCCACCGGCCGAGCAAACAGCGCACAAUACACCCUGAACCCUUCCACGGGCCUAAUGACAAUCCUGAUCUCAGAUAUGACGCCCGAAUCAAGGAUUGACGGUGCUGUAAGGUUCCAAGUCUCCUCAGCAAGCUUAGAAGGAGGGGAAUAUGACGGCUGGGAUAGGUGGGUGGGGGAUGUUAUGCAGUAUAAUACGGUGGUAGAAUGUGGAGAUGGGAGAGGAGGAGGAGGAGGGGGGUAUGGGUUGGGAAGUAUGGAUGAUGCUGUUGAUGCGAUUUAUGAGGGGGCUAGUGAGGCGGAGAAGAGGGGGGUGGAGCUUAAUGCGCUGGAGACGUUGAAGGAGUUUUAUACGCGGAUUAAUUCGCAGGCGAGUGCGUGA